AUGAUUUGGUUGAUAAGACCGAGUGAAAACAGUUUAAAAAUGCUGUUAAUAUUGAUAUAUGGUUUUAAAAAACUUACAGGUACAAAAGUUACACUUUUAACUGGACCAUCUAAAUAUAGUUGGAUUCAAGAGACAGGAUUAAUUGCAAUCACAACUGUUAAUGAUGCAAAGACAUAUGAUUCUUUGAUGAAAGCAUCGGCAUCUAAUAUCUUUAAAGGUGAUACAGUCUCUGGUAAUGAUAUAGGUGAAUCAUUUUCUGAUGAGCUAGAUUGGGGAUGA